GAGAGGGGGAAAGAGAGAAAGAAAGAGAGGAGGACAGUCGAUGGAUACAACCUGGACAGAGGAGACGGCACACUCUUCGGUUAAAGGACUUCGGACUCUUGAAACAUGGAGGGAACAGGGAGGGUGCACAUGCCUCCAGCCAUGGUGUGGUGCGAGCGGGGCAUCCAGGUCCUCCUCACCACCGUGGGAGCCUUUGCGGCCUUCACCCUGAUGACGGUGGCCAUCGGCACCGACUACUGGCUCUACGCCCGUGCCUUCAUCUGCAACAGCACGGCCAACUCCUCCAAUCAGGACGACCCCCACAACAAGGACAAGAAGGACCCAGGCGCCCUCACCCACUCUGGCCUGUGGAGAAUCUGCUGUCUAGAGGGGUUGAAAAGAGGGGUCUGCUCUCAGAUCAAUCACUUCCCAGAGGAUGCUGAUUACGACCAAGAUGCUGCAGAAUAUCUCUUACGCCUGAGCAACAUCAUUGGUGUGAUCGUUUACAUCUCAGCGGCGCUAAGCGACAUCUCCCCGAAGAAGGACGAGGACAAGAAGUGGCACUACUCGUACGGCUGGUCCUUUUACUUCGGUGGCCUCUCCUUCAUCCUGGCCGAGGUGGUGGGCGUGCUGGCGGUCAACAUCUACAUCGAGCGCAACAAGGAGCUGCGCUGCCGCUCGCGCACCGACCUGCUGCGCACCACCACCUCCGCCAUGCUCCGGUUGCCGGGAUACCACCGUUUCCGCCGGCGCUCGCGCUCCAGCUCGCGCUCCACCGACCCCACUGCCCGCUCCCGCGACCCCUCCCCGGGGCCCGCGUCCAAGAACUUCGGCCCGCCCCUGGCGGCGGGCCCUCCGCCGUUCUCCGUGGCGACGCUGCCCAACCCGCACACGCACAGCAGCAGCGGCGGCGGCGGCGUGGGCGACAUCUCCAUGUACACGCUGUCGCGAAGCGAGAAGCCGCCCAUGUAUGGCACGGUGGACCGCGCCACACUCUACCAGCUCCACAACUACUUCCCCACCGGCGAGAAGGGCGCCGACGGCAGCAGCGGCGCCAGCGUCCUGAUGACCGGCACGUUGCCGUCGCUGUCCAAGUCCAACUUGGCCGCGUCGCUGCAGAGCGCCACCAACACGCUCAACACACUGUCUUCCAGCGGGGGUGGGGGAGGGGGGGGGCAGUGUGGGGGGCAGCAGCCGCCCUCGUCCACCGCCACCAUGGAGCGCAACCGCGAGCGCGGCCAUGGCACGCUGGACCGCCUCGACCGCAAAGGGGACAGCUCCAAUUCCAAUACGCUCAACAGGAGGACCACACCCGUCUGACCGCACAAA